AUGCAGCUCGUCCACCACUUGAUCGUCCUGUUUGCCAGUUUGGCCGUCGCCCAGAACCUCCCCAACAUUCCACCUUGCGCAGUGUCGUGUCUCAUCACCGCUCUGCAAGGCGAUGGGUGCCCAUCCAUAACCGACUUCGCCUGCCACUGCCAGAAACCCGAGCUCGUCCCGAAAGUCACUCCAUGCGUCGCACAAGCCUGCCCUCUCGCCGAGCAAUCUUGUACGCCUUUCACCAACCCCUAUGAAGUCCAGGAACUAACAGAAGAACUCUUUUUCAAAAGCUGUCUCUAG